AUGGUAGAGCAACCCGCAAACGUGGAUGCCGCCGUGAAUACCCCAGUUGUGGUUGAUUCAAACGAUGAUGGAACAGUCGCCCAGGAACUGGAAUUAGAGCAUAUGAGGAGUACAUUGGAAGAGGCGAUUGUGGAAACGCGCAGUACGCCUCUCGAAAAUCGACCGCGACUUCCCCGCAUAGCCCCAAGCAAGCGGAAUCGGGCUGUCGUGAGGGCUCUGAACCCAAUGCUGGUGACCUAUUUGGAAGCCAGCCGGGACCUUUGCGAGACGGACUCAAUUCUUUUUGGCGCCGCGCUGGCAGUCUGCCGUAUCAUAGGCGCCAAGGUUUCCACGGCUGGACGCGCUACUGGCCAUAGUAGCGCUAUCCCAGCAUGGAGAAGAAGAAUUGAGGAACGUAUCGCAAAGGCUAGAGCUCUCAUCGGCAGACUGAUAUGCUUCAGAUCAGGCAACAACAGGCCAAGAAUUGUGCGCACCGUCAGGAUGGCGUUUGCUGGGACAAAUGUCAGUUUGUCCCAGCCGGAUAUAACGCAAAAACUGACGGAGAGCAUAGAUGAUCUGAAGCAGAGAAUCGCUGCUUGGGGAAAACGGAUUCGGCGAUAUACCGAGAGGUCGACACGGUUCAACCAGAAUCGUCUCUUCCAGAGUGAUCAGAAGAGGCUCUAUGAAUCAUUGGAGCGACCAAUGGUAAGUGGAACGGGUCCAGCACCGAAUCAGGCCGACACUGUAGCAUUCUGGCGCGGCCUGUGGUCAGAGCCCGUAAACCACAGCGAGGGCCCUUGGACGGAAGUUGUGGCGAGUCAGUGUGCGGGUAUUACGCCCAUGGACCCCGUCAUCAUAACGCCGGAUGACGUAGCUGAGGCGGUCCGUAGGGCCCCGAACUGGAAAAGUCCGGGGCUUGACGGGCUGCAUCACUACUGGCUGAAGGGGUUCAUGGUGUGUUACUCUGUGCUUGCCCGACAGUUUCAAGAGGCUCUCAACCAGAAGUCGCUCCCAAGCCUCUUCACUACUGGGAUCACUCAUUUGGUUCCUAAAGACCAGGGUACCACAGACCCGAGCAAAUACCGCCCCAUCACCGGGCUAAGGCUACUUGACUUUCCGCCGGAAUUGAGGGAUUGUUCUGAUAAGAUGUGUGACAAACCGGAACACAACUUAGUCAUAGAGAAAUUGUAUGACGAUAUUACAUCUAUAUUGCUGGAUGCUGCGAGUUACAGCCAUAAAUGUUUAAAACGAAAUAAGAAAGGCUACAUCACAGGGUGGAAUAGACAUGUGAGACCGGCGCAUAUAAAGGCUCGUCUCUGCUUUCAAACCUGGGUUUGGGCAGGACGGCCGACAUGUGGAGCUCUGUAUGAGGAUAUGCGAGACUCGCGCAGGGCUUUUAAGAGCAAGCUUAAGUGGUGCCAAGACAAUGCGGAACAAAUCAAGAUGGACAUAUUGGCAAUGUCAUGUGAGGCGAAGAAAUUCGGAGAGUUCUGGCAGCAAACGAAAGGCCUGAACGCUCGGGUGCCUCUUCCAGCAGAAGUGGGUGGCAUAACUGGAAGUGAAAACAUUGCCAAUAUGUUCAAGGCUCAGUUCAAAGUGGAUCCUAGCAAGAUAGUUUGUAGCUUGGACGACGGUGAGGACAUCGUGAACUCGGGGAUUAGCCCCUUGCGUUUCACUUUCAAGGAAGUGAAUGAUGCAAUUAGAAACAUGAAACGUGGAGAGAAAGACGCUGGGAAAACGGCAUUAAUGCCGUUCUCUUGA